AUAAGAUAUAUACACGUUUGCACAAACAACAAUUGAACAUGACCACUGAGGCGAUUGGAAUCACCAAUCAAUUUUCUGAAAGGCGCUCUGCUGAUUACAAACCAAACAUUUGGAAUUACGACUUCCUACAAUCUCUCCAAUCGGAAUUUCAUGAAGAAGAAUAUAGACUACAAGUCCAGAAGGCCAGAGAAGAAGUUAAGAGUUUAUUUGUUGAAAGCUUAGAACCUGUGGCGAAGUUAGAACUAAUAGAUAACAUUUCAAAGUUAGGGUUGACAACGUAUUUUCAGAAGGAAAUAAAUGGAGUUAUAGAUAGCUUUCAAUCAUUUAAGGAUGGAAACGGCAAUGUCAACAUAGAAUCGGAUCUUUAUGGCACUUCUCUUUGCUUUAGGAUACUGAGGUUGCAUGGGUUCAAUAUUUCCCAAGGUAUUUUCAAAGGGUUUGUAGAUAAUGUGGAGAAAAACAUGAACUUUAAUGUUAAAGCAAUGGUUAGCCUUUUUGAGGCUUCACAUCUAGCUUUAGAAGGUGAAGACAUACUAGGAAAGGCUCAAGCUUUAGCAUCAUUUUAUUUGAAGAACGUUUAUCAACAGUUAGAUGUUGAGCAUGGAAAAGAAAUAUAUGAUCCAUUGAGACUUCCUUUGAACAUGAGAGUAGAAUGGUUCAAUAUCAAAAGUCACAUUCAAGAUUAUGCUAAAGUGAGUCCAAAUUUCAAUUUGCUCAAGCUAGCGAAACUCAACUUCAACAUGGUUCAAGCCGUUCACCAAAGUGAGCUCAAAGAUAUGUUAAGUUGGUGGAAGAAAGUAGGAGUUAUGAAAAAUAUAAGCUUUACAAGAAAUCGGGUGGUUGAAAGUUACUUAUGGUCGGUGGGAGUUGCCUUUGAGCCACAAUAUGGAUAUCUCAGAAAAUGUUUAACGAAAGUCAUCAAUUUGGUGCUUAUUAUUGACGACGUUUAUGAUGUUUUUGGCACUUUGGAUGAACUGGAAACCUUUACGCAUAUUAUCGAAAGGUAAGUACGCCUACCUAUGCUAUAACUGUUGGGUUUUGGUCAUAAGACAUCCUAUGUGCU